GAAAUACCUUUUUCAAAAGAGCCAAUAUACCACCACACUGUCUCUCUCUGCAAAACUCGAAUAGGCUGUGACGAUAACCGCCUUCUCCUUCCCCAUUUCGCAUUCUCUCUCUUCACACACAAACAGAGCAAUGGCCGCCGCAUCAUCUCCUCGCGAAGACAAUGUGUACAUGGCAAAACUCGCCGAACAAGCUGAACGCUACGAGGAAAUGGUUGAAUUCAUGGAAAAAGUCGUCGCCGCCGCGGACGGCAGCGAAGAACUCACCAUAGAGGAGCGCAACCUUCUCUCCGUUGCUUACAAGAACGUGAUCGGAGCACGGAGGGCUUCCUGGCGUAUCAUCUCCUCCAUCGAGCAGAAAGAAGAGAGCAGAGGCAACGAGGGACACGUUGCGACGAUCCGUGAUUACAGAUCUAAGAUCGAGACGGAGCUAUCGUCGAUCUGCGACGGUAUCCUCAAGCUUCUCGAUUCGAAGCUCAUCGGAUCCGCGUCUAGCGGUGAUUCCAAGGUUUUCUAUCUGAAAAUGAAGGGAGAUUAUUACAGGUAUUUGGCUGAAUUUAAGACUGGAUCUGAGAGGAAAGAAGCUGCUGAGAAUACACUCUCUGCUUACAAGGCGGCUCAGGAUAUUGCAAAUGGAGAACUUGCUCCCACCCAUCCUAUCCGACUUGGACUUGCACUCAACUUCUCAGUCUUCUACUAUGAGAUCCUAAAUUCACCAGAUCGCGCAUGCAAUCUUGCAAAGCAGGCUUUUGAUGAAGCUAUUGCAGAAUUGGAUACCUUAGGAGAAGAUUCCUACAAGGACAGCACCCUGAUCAUGCAACUUCUUCGUGAUAAUCUCACUUUAUGGACUUCAGACAUGCAGGAUGACAGUGCUGAAGAAAUUAAAGAAGCACCAAAGGCAGAUGAGUAACAAAAUUCCCUACUCAAGACCUGUUUAUGGUUUGUAAUUGUUUGCUUUUCGAUUGAAAAUGCUCUACUUGUUGCGAGUAUCAACUCUUUAGAUUUAGGAAUUUAAUGAUUUUCUAUCUUUUUUAAUAUCAUGCUUAAUUUCAUCUUCCAUCAUUGCAAACGCUUUUUAGGUUGUGGUUUUAUAAGUUAAAAAAAUGUUUGUGGUUA